GGUACUACAAUUUUGUGCUGUCAAAUGGCGCUGUCGUCGUCUUCUUGCAGCGGAGAUUCACGGAAAUUCGAAUUACACCUAAUUACACAUAUGAGAGAAAAUCUUUUUUUUCUUAUAAUUGAAAAGAAUAUAUAAGAGAUAAAUCUUGUGCGACGUAAAUAUUUCAUGACUGUAACUGUGAACGAAAACAAAAACUCUGACAGAUCUCCGUGGUUUCUUGGAAAGCCGUAUGUGGAAGGCCCGGCGAACUUUACGAUCGAGCAAAAUUCGUUCUAUAGUUAGAUGUAAAUAUCUCCCUGCCCUGCCUUCUCACGCGAAUAACCGCUUACACCAGUUUGUAUUCUUUUUCCACGGAACUCGCGCAAAGCGCCAAAAAUAAACGCGGAAUCGCCAGACUGCUUGAAUGUGGCUUGAAUGUUCAGGAAUUGUCGCGUCAUGUCGUCCCUUGUACAAAUAGACGGCAGCUUGGGCGAAGGAGGUGGACAAGUAUUAAGGAUUGCUCUCAGUUUGAGUACACUUUAUGGUAUUCCUAUUGAAAUUGAGAAUAUACGUGCUGGAAGACCUAAGCCUGGUCUCGCGGCACAACAUUUAAAAGGUGUGGAACUCGCCAAAGAGAUGUGUAAUGCCCAAGUUAGAGGCGGAUAUGUAGGAUCGACACAUUUAGAGUUUCGCCCUGGCCCAUUAAACACAAACAAGCGAGAGUUUGUAGCGGAUAUACACACCGCUGGAUGUAUUUGCUUAUUGGCCCAAGUAGCUUUACCAUGUGCGCUCUUCUUUCCAUGCAACGAUAUAAUCACACUUGUUCUCAAGGGUGGCACAAAUGUUCCCAUGGGUCCACACAUUGAAUAUCUGACAGAAGUGUUCAAGCCAUUGCUGAAUAAAUUUGGAGCGGAUUUUGAUUUCAUUGUUGUGAGAAGGGGGUAUUAUCCAAAGGGAGGAGGCGAAGUGCAUUUACGCAUAAAACCAAUUGGUAGCUUAAAUGCGAUUACUUUACUCGAUCCGGGAGUCCCGCGAGGAAUAACAGGAUGGUCUUACAUAGCUGGAGCGGUUAAUAUAAACGAAGCGCAUAAAAUGGCAAAUGACGCUAAGACGAUUUUAACAAAUAAAUUGGUAAGACGCAACAUUCGAGUACCACCAAUCACGAUCGAAGCUUACAGGGAAGACAGAGCAAUGGCUGUGGGAAACGGCUCUGGUAUCAAUAUAGUAUGCAACACUAGUACUGGAUGCGUUUUUGGCGGGUCUGGCUUAGGCUCUGGACGUCACGAGGCAUUGCCACCAGGUGAAACGGCGGCUAACGAGAUUUUGAAGCCGCUUUUAACAGGAGCAUGUGUCGAUGAACAUACGCAGGACCAGAUGAUAAUUCUAAUGGCACUGGCGAAAGGUAUUUCGAAGAUUAAAGUCGGAGACAAGAAGCUCACUUGUCAUACAGAGACCGCUAUGCAGGUCACAGAAAUGAUGUUAGGUAAACGCGGACUCUCUUUCAAUUUGUCGGAAAAUGCUGAAGGCGGAGAUACCUCGUCCUACGUUCUAGAGUGCCAGGGAUGUGGACUGAUUAAUGAGAAUAUAAUUAAACAAUGACCAUACGAUGCUUUAUAAUUCGUCACUGUGCAUGUUUCGACAUAAGUAUUAUGUCAAUCAUAAAAUUAAUUGGCUCUUUGCUGUUUCAGUAAGUAAAUCGUAACAUCGAUAUUAACGUCAUAUACUUUCAUAAACUUUCGAUAUUCUCUAAUAUUUCUAGAAUUUUACAAGAAGUUUAAAUAAUUAUUACAUUUUGUUAACAAUUAUUGUUACACAAUGUACUGCGACUUGUGUAUGCUAAAUCAUGAUUAUUUGUUCAAUGUAUUGAUCCUAAAAUUAAUGGACAUUAAGUAGAAAGUCUUGCAUCUCUCAACGAGUAAAUAUUGAUUCAUCA